AUGGAAAUCACCAGUAUUUUGCUUCUAUGUUUGAUUCUUUUCUCGUUUUCAGCUUUAAUUCAGCUCUCACGGGGAAAACAGUCUCGGAAACUUAAAAAUCUUCAACCACCAGGACCUCCAGGGUGGCCAAUAUUAGGCAACUUUUUCGACCUUGGAGCUGCGCCUCACCAGACCCUACACAAGCUCAAGCCUAAGUAUGGACCAGUGCUUGGGUUGAAGCUUGGGUCAGUCAACACUGUGGUGAUACAAUCUGCAAUGGCAGCCUCCGAAUUUUUCAAGAAACAUGACCAUGAUUUCUGCGAUCGUAAAUGUUCCACUGUGCUUACUGCUCAUAAUUACUAUCAGGGAACGAUUGCAUUUGGCAGAUACGGCAAGCAUUGGCGCAUGCGUCGCCGCAUUUGCUCAACAGAGCUCCUGAUGAACCGACAAACCAACAAGGUAGCUCGUCUCCGAAGAAAGUGCAUCGAGGACAUGAUCCGAUACAUCGAGGAAGACGCGGCAGCGGCGCAAGAACGGGGGGAAGAAGGUAAGGUAAAUUUGGCUCGCUUACUUUUCCUCAUGUCGUUUAACCUUGUAGGCAACCUGGUUUUGUCAAUGGAUCUUUUAAAUUCGGGAUCCAAGGAUGGAUCAAAAAAUCUGUUUUGA